GCGCAGAGCGUGUCUGGCGGCCAGACCCGGUUGGGGUGCCGAGUGGGGUGCGGGUGGCGUGUGGUGGUGACGCGUCGCGUUCAGGGGUACGUCUGCCAACUGACGAAGGGGCGAUGACGGCGCGGGGCCGGACGCUGCCGGUGCUGGUGCUGGUGCUGGCGCUGAGCUGCCUGCGCCCUGCCGCCGGCAUCUACUUCUUCAGCCGAGACGACGGUGUCGCGCCGUCGCCGCUGCCGCCGCCGCCGCCUCCGGCUCAGACGGCCCGCUGUGUCUGCUCGCUGGCCGAGUGGUGUCAGCCGGUGACCCAGCCUAAAGUGGAGCUGAGCGAGGUGUUUGCGUUCGUGCUUAACACCACCGAGAAGACGUGGGCGACGUUCGACUGGGACAAGCUGACUGCCAUCGUGCUGUUCGACUUCUUCGAUCCGCAGAUCGUGUGCCACGCGCACCGGCACAAAGUGCGCGUCCUGCACAACGCCAACUUCCUGAAGGCGAACGUUACCAACGCCACCUACCGGGCCGAGUGGGUGGCGCGCCAGGUCAGCUUCACCCGGCUGCACUACCUGGACGGUAUCAACAUCGACUUCGAGGACCCGGUGGGCGCCAAGGAGCCGGCGCGCGCCGCCUACGUCCAGCUGGUGAACGAGACGCGGCGCGCGCUCACGCGGUUCAACGUCCAGACAGUGCUCACAGUGGACGUGCCUUGGUCACCGGACUGCAUCGACGGGCGCUGCUAUGACUUCGUCGGCUUGCACAACUUCACCGACAUGCUCUUCGUCAUGGGCUACGACCUGCGCAGCCAGGUCGUCUCCAAGGAGUGCCUUGCGGGUGCUAACGCACCGCUGAACAGAACUCUGGCCGGAGUGAGGAAGUACCUGCAAAUGGGCAUCAGCGCCAACAAGCUGGUGCUCGGCGUGCCCUGGUACGGCUACGACUACCACUGCCGCAACGUCACACACAACGGCACUGUGUGUCAGAUCGACCGCGUGCCGUUCCGUAACGUCAACUGUAGCGACGCGGCCGGCUCCGAGCGGCCGUACAGCCGGCUGGCCGUCUGGAACCGGUACGCCCUGCAGCGUUUCUGGUCCAACGACUCCCAGUCGCCCUACUUCAAUGUCAAGUUCGAGGGCUGGAACCAGACGCACCAGGUGUGGUUCGACAACGCCACCAGCCUCACCUACAAGUACAUGGGCGCGGCGAGCCUCAAGCUGCGCGGUGUCGGCAUAUGGGCGGCCAACUUCCUGGCGGCGGGCAACUCGUCCGAGGACCGGACCGAGCGCGACCUCAUGUGGGGCGCCGUGCCGCGCUGGAACUGGCAGAGGUCCGGCGGCGGCCCGCCGCCCCACCAUGAGUUCCUCUCACUGGUGAAGGAGCUGGCACGGCCUGGCGAGCUGCAGCAAAAUAUCAGCUACCCAUUUGACUUCAACCAGGUGGAGAAGCCAUAUGAGUCAUAUGCUGGCUCGAAUGUCCGGCUCAGGUACGUGCUGCGCGUGACGGUCGUGCGCCGCCUGUCGGACCUGGUGCGCGAGAUGGACAUCGCCGUGCACACGCUCUCCCAGUACCCGGACAUGAACACCAGCAUCAAGAUGGAGGUGGGCAUCGAGGACUGCCUCCACAUCGAGUUCGAGUACAACAAGUCCAAGUACCAUCUGAAGGAUGUGAUUGUUGGGAAGAUAUACUUCCUUCUGGUGCGGAUAAAGAUCAAGCACAUGGAAAUCGCCAUCAUCAAACGGGAAACAACAGGGUCCGGUCCGAACACGUUCAACGAGAACGAGACGAUCGCCAAGUACGAGAUUAUGGACGGCGCGCCGGUGCGGGGCGAGAGCAUACCGAUCCGCGUCUUCCUGGCCGGCUACGACCUCACGCCCACCAUGCGCGACAUCAACAAGCGCUUCUCGGUGCGCUACUACCUGAACCUGGUGCUGGUCGACGAGGAGGACCGGCGCUACUUCAAACAACAGUUUGUGCACGCCUAA